AUGUCUUCGAAACCAACCAUGAACGUGCAAUCAUUUCCUCGCCCCCCAAAGCUCGAGAAGAUCUCCAGACAUGUACGAGUCGUCUGGGAGGGACAAGACAUUGCCGAGACGAACGAAGCAUUCUGGGUUCUAGAGACGCAUCACCCCCCGAGUAGGUACUUGAGAGAAAAUCCUGUGCAUCUUUUAACGAAUGAGACAGCCUACUACUUGCCUCCUUCAGCCAUGAAAAUCCCCUUGACGAAGCUCAAUCGCAAAACAUACUGCGAGUGGAAAGGAAUGGCUACUUACUACUCUGUCACAUCCCCGAGCUCCGGCACCACAGUCUCCAACAGGAUUUGGUCAUACGACAACCCCACGAACGGGUUUGAGAGCAUUAAAGGAUAUCUGAGUCUUUAUGCUGGUCCCUGGGAUUGCUUUGUGGACGGCGAGAAGGUGCAGGCCCAACCCGGAGACUUCUAUGGAGGCUGGGUCACUAGCGAGAUCCAAGGUAUCGUGAAAGGUAAGAACGGCAAUUGGGAUCCUGUGCUUUGA